UUAUUUAAUGAAAGGAAUGAAAAAUACAUUUGUGUGCAACAACAACUGCGUUUCCCUCCAGUCAGCAGACGGCGAUGUGCGUCUUUCAGGCGAUGCUGCAGCGUGACGUAUAAUCUAGUGGACGGAACACUUCUUCAACAACAUCUAGUCAGCCACCUCGGUAGCCAACAGCCGAAACAUUUAGACUGUUUCUGUGCAUAUUUGCCUCUGUUUUUUAAAUAUACUUCUGACAUCUAGUUAAUUUCCCCCAUUUAAAUGUUAUAGGUACAUUGUUAGUCAACUAGCUGGCUUGAUAAAUUAGCCUAGCACUAAACUAGUCGCUCAUGCUAACUAGCUAGCUAGCUAACAUCCCCGAACAUGAGCUCCCUAAACUACUCCCCUCCUGUUAAAGAAGAGGAGGUCUGCUGGACGGAGAAAGAAGCUCUGGGGCUGAACAUUGUCGUGAAAGAGGAGAAGGAAGAGGAGGAUGUCACAGUAAAACAAGAAGUAGAGGGUGAGGCUGUUACCGUGAAAGAAGAAGAGAAAGACGUUUCAGUGAAAGAAGAAGAUGCGUUCAGAGUGAAAGAGGAGGAGGAUGUUACAGUAAAAGAAGAGGAAGAGGUGAAAGAGGAGGAUGUAGUUUUUGAAGUGAAGGAGGGGAAACAGGGAGAGAGAACUGUCAUAUUGACAGAGGAGUCAGGAGAUCUGAUUACCACCAGAGAGGGACCAGACUCUCACUCUGACAGCAGGGAUACUCCUUUAGGGGAACCAGACCCAGAGACGCCCAAACCAGCGAGACAACACCACUGUUCCCAGUGUGGAAAGAGUUUUAAGUGGUUAAGGAACCUGAAAGUACAUGAGAGAACGCAUACAGGAGAAAACCCUUACGAAUGCUCCCACUGUGGAAAGAGUUUUACCAAGUUAGGGAACCUAAAAGAGUAUGAGAGGACACACACAAGAGAAAAGAGUUUCCAAUGUUCCCAGUGUGGAAAGAGGUUUACCCAGUUACGGUACCUGAAACAACAUGAAGAAAUACACACAGAAGAUAGGAAGACCUACCACUGCUCUCAGUGUGGAAAGAUAUUUACUGGGUUAGGGAACCUGAAAAUACAUAUGAGAAGACACUCUGGAGAGAAGCCGUACCACUGUUCCCACUGUGUAAAGAGUUUUACUCAGUUAGGGAGCCUGAAACCACAUGAGAGGGGACACACUGGAGAGAAGCCUUAUCACUGUUCCCACUGUGGAAGGAAUUUUAGGUGGUAUGCGAGCCUGAAGGAGCAUGAGAGAAUACACACAGGAGAAAAGCCUUACCACUGUUCCAAUUGUGAAAAGAGUUUUACCCGGUUAGGGAGCUUGAAAAAGCAUGAGAGAACACACACAGGAGAAAAGCCUUUCCAACAUACUAAUACACAGGAGGAGAAGACAUACCACUGCUCUCAUUGUGAAAAGACAUUUUCCCAGUCAGAGGACCUGAAAUCACAUGAGAGAAUAGAGAGGCUGUGUUCUGACUUAUGUUUUUGAUUGAGAAAUUGUGUUUUUGUUCAUUCUACAUUAAAUAAUAUUGUAUGAAUGAAAUCAUACUGAAAAAUAGGUCUACAUGUUUUUUCCAGCUCAAGACAUGAUCAUGUCGAAAAUCGGAUUAAAAGAGUAAAAAAAAAUGUUUUGAUUAUGAACUUAAGAUUGAUUGAAUGCAAGUGUAAACCCCUAAAUGUUGUUCACUAUAUCAUUGGGAUAUUUCAAACAUGUUAAUUAUUAAAUAGAUUGAUAUUAGUAUUUCUUCAUUCAGAUUGUCAUUGUAAAUGCGUAUUGGUUCUCAAUUGACAUAUCUGAUUAAAUAAAUGUGAAAUAAAGUAAAUGCCAUAUUA